CACGCGGGGCAGAGAUAGUAUUCUCGCGAGCAGUCUGAGAGGCUGCAGUGAUGGCGGCGGCGGGAACCGGCCCUGGCCCAGGAGUGGAUGCGGGAGCUGGCCCCGCGGCUGCCACAAAUGCAAUAGCAGCGGAAGAAGGGGAGACGAAACCGGUGGUAGCGGUAGCGGCCGCUCCGGCCGGAGAGGGGACGUCUGUUGCUCCAGCAGCAGAGCCCGGUCCCGGAGAGGCCGAAGGAGGGGAUGCAAAUUCCGUUGACGUAAGUGGGGCUUUGGAGACUGAAUCCUCUAACGGGAAAGAUACACUAGAAGGUACUGGGGAUACCUCAGAGGUGAUGGACACUCAGGCGGGCUCCGUGGAUGAAGAGAAUGGCCGACAGCUGGGAGAGGUAGAGCUGCAGUGCGGGAUAUGUACAAAAUGGUUCACGGCAGACACCUUCGGCAUAGAUACUUCAUCCUGUCUACCUUUCAUGACCAACUACAGCUUUCACUGCAAUGUGUGCCAUCAUAGUGGGAAUACCUAUUUCCUCCGGAAGCAAGCAAACUUAAAAGAAAUGUGCCUUAGUGCUCUGGCCAACCUAACAUGGCAGUCCCGAACACAGGAUGAACAUCCGAAAACCAUGUUCUCCAAAGAUAAGGAUAUUAUACCAUUUAUUGAUAAAUACUGGGAGUGCAUGACGACCAGACAGAGACCUGGGAAAAUGACUUGGCCAAAUAACAUUGUUAAAACAAUGAGUAAAGAAAGAGAUGUAUUCUUAGUGAAGGAACACCCUGAUCCCGGGAGUAAGGAUCCAGAGGAAGAUUACCCCAAAUUUGGACUUUUGGAUCAGGAUCUUAGUAACAUUGGUCCUGCUUACGACAACCAAAAACAAAGCAGUGCCGUGUCCACCGGUGGGAAUCUGAAUGGUGGAGCCUCUUUUGGAGGGGGAAUUGCAGCAGGAAGCAGUGGAAAAGGAAGAGGAGCCAAGCGCAAACAGCAGGAUGGAGGGACCACAGGGACCACCAAGAAGGCCCGGAGUGACCCCUUGUUUUCUGCCCAGCGCCUCCCCCCUCAUGGCUACCCUUUGGAACACCCAUUUAACAAAGAUGGUUACCGGUACAUUCUGGCUGAGCCUGAUCCCCACGCCCCUGACCCUGAGAAGCUGGAACUUGACUGCUGGGCAGGAAAACCUAUUCCUGGGGACCUCUACAGAGCCUGCUUAUAUGAGCGGGUUCUGUUAGCCCUGCAUGACCGAGCUCCGCAGUUAAAGAUAUCUGAUGACCGGCUCACUGUGGUUGGAGAGAAAGGCUACUCUAUGGUUCGGGCUUCCCAUGGGGUACGGAAAGGAGCCUGGUACUUUGAAAUCACGGUGGAUGAGAUGCCGCCAGACACCGCUGCCAGGCUGGGUUGGUCCCAGCCAUUAGGUAACCUUCAAGCUCCCUUAGGUUAUGAUAAAUUUAGCUAUUCUUGGCGGAGCAAAAAGGGAACCAAGUUCCACCAGUCCAUUGGCAAACACUACUCUUCUGGCUAUGGACAGGGAGAUGUCCUGGGAUUUUAUAUCAGUCUCCCUGAAGACACAGAGACAGCCAAGUCACUGCCUGACACUUACAAAGAUAAGGCUUUGAUAAAGUUCAAGAGUUAUUUGUAUUUUGAGGAAAAAGAUUUUGUGGAUAAAGCAGAGAAAAGCCUAAAGCAGACUCCACAUAGUGAGAUAAUAUUUUAUAAAAACGGUGUCAAUCAAGGUGUGGCUUACAAAGAUAUUUUUGAGGGCGUUUACUUUCCAGCCAUCUCACUGUACAAGAGCUGCACGGUUUCCAUUAACUUUGGACCAUGCUUCAAGUGUCCUCCAAAGGAUCUCGCUUACCGCCCUAUGAGUGACAUGGGCUGGGGCGCUGUGGUAGAACACACUCUGGCUGAUGUCUUGUAUCAUGUGGAAACAGAAGUGGAUGGGAGGCGGAGUCCCCCAUGGGAACCCUGACCAGUUCCUCUUUCUUCACAGACAUGGACUUGCUGGGGAGUAAUUUAAGUGUUGCAGAUGUUCUCUGGAAGAUGCUGCAGAACACAGCCUCUGCUGUUAGCAAGUUAAAGGGCUGGGGGCCACUGGGAGAGACUCCCUGCCCUUCCACACUCUCCCCACUUCUGGUGACUGCUUUUAUUGUGUGCCACAUGAGAGCAAAUGCUGACCCUCUGAUCCCAUAAGCUCCCUGUGAAACUGGUGCUGUAGCACGUACCCCACCACCUGGGACUUGUACCUUACUGUAUUUUUUAAGGAGUGAAUAAUCUUGUCCAGGUAGCUAACUUUAUUUCCUUCUGUGGGCAUUGAUUCCAUUACCACCUCAUAUCCGAGGAAGUGCUGGGCCUGUUGCUGAGAACAGCUGAAAUCAAUGGCUGUACAUUCCGAACCAGUCGAAAAGCCAUUUCCUUUUGCUGUGGGUUUGUUUCUGUUGAUAAUUUUGAAAUAUACUUUUGAACACUGGGAUCUCCAAAGCUAUACUAGGUCUCUAGAACUGUCACUGUGGAAGGAACUUGCUUGCAGCUUUAACAGUUAGAAACUGUCAAAUAAAACUUCCCAAAUAAAACUUGUCUUCA